GCCAGGUAUGUACCUUAUAAGUCUGCAGAAGGUGUGCAGGCAUUUCAUGCUCGGGCAUGGCUCGAGUGAGCCUGUUUUCUUUAUCUGGAAUGCGGCAUAAUAUCCCUCUCUCACUUCAAUACAGUCUCUGGAUUCGGCACACUCCCUCCAGUGAAUUUUGCCACUCUUCUUGUUGGCCCGGGAUGCUUUCGGAUAGGGGCGGCCAGGUAUUCAACCAGGGCACACGGAGCCUCGAAAUCGAAUGCCUUUUGGAAGUGAACCUAUUGCUGGUCGACUUUGUGCCUCACCCAGAUCCUCUCCUCUUCCUUGCUGAUUGAUAUGUGUAUUACAUGGUCAAUUCACUCCACAAUAACCAUAUCUGAUCUUUUUUUUUUCCUCUACCAACCCACCUUGGCCGCAAAGGGGCAUUUCAACAAUAAUACCGGUACAUUGGCCCAACCGGAUUGUUUUCUCUUUAAACCACGGUUGGGGGCGCUGUCCGACCCUGUCUGACGGUGAAAGACCCCGUUCCUCCUUGCAUCUGGAGUUAGCUCCGCCUCUUGGUCCCGUCCCAAAGUCCGAUUCGAUUUCCUGUUUGUCCCCUUUUUGGACAAAGGAACAACUCGCCAUCGAUGCGAACACAUGAGUAAAUUUCUUGCCGCAUUCGUGACGUUCAGCCUUCUCGGCAUUCUUUGAGUUAAGGUUGCUGAUGACCAGAACCUGCUCUCUUAAUCUCCAAUAGCAUUCCACCCCGUUGUCCAGUCGCCCAAUUCUCUGUUUGUCUGUUUAUGAUAAUGUCUCGCCUGUAAUUUCUUGGUGUGUGGUCAAGUCAACGCAAGGCGCCAGACAAAACCUGUCCCUCCGACUGCAAAGAAACUUCUCGGGUUACCCAACAUCUUCUCCGCCUGUUCCUGAAGCAAACACUGCCUCGUCGGCGACGAAGAACCUCGUUGAACAAGGACCACAGAGUCCUCCUGCAAAAUCUCGCGCUAUGUCCAGGUCAACACAGGCCCUGAUGGGUAGAGUCGUCGUUGCUGCGAUGGCCCUGUCAUCAAGCGCCGUUGCACAAGAAGCAGGCUGGAUGGAAAACCAGAUCAACUCCACGAUGUGCACAUGGGAAGCACUGCGAGCUAUCCAAGUGAAGGACACUCUUUACUUAGAUGGAGGCCAUCUUGCAUGGGCCCCAGGACUUGCGGAUGGGUCGUACGGCCCUUAUAUCGUGGACGACAACCCCUUGGGGUACAUGUACAGUCUCAAUUUCGGCAAAUCCUUUAAUACGUCGGCCAACAUAAGUUCCAUUCUGGGGACUAUAUCCAAGGGCGGCGCCAGUUUUGCGCCGAAUUACGUAGACGGUGCGUUGAUGGGAAACGACAAUGAAUUCUACUUCUAUGGUGGCAUGACACGGCGCAGGGACAGUGUGGCGGCGCCUCGUGCAGACGACAUUCUCAGUUACAAGGCAUCAGGAUCGGGGGUCAGCUUCCGACGUGGAUUCGAAAUCGCGCGCCUGCCGCAAGACAAAGACAUAACCCGCUAUGUGGCCUACGGCGGCGCGGCAAGCGCCCCAUCGGAAAACAAGGCCUUUUACUUCGGAGGCUUGCGAUCCCCAUCACAUGGCGAGAUUUUCCAGCCCCAGAGCCAGAGCACGAUCCCAAUCACUCCUGUCAACGUCUCGAAUACAUUGAUUACCGUAGACCUCACUCAGGAUGCCGACAAACGGUGGAACAACAUUACACUGCCUGACGACAUCAAAGGUCGUGCCAACCCCGAGCUGGUAUGGGUUCCUUACGGCAAACAGGGACUUUUGCUUGCUAUCGGAGGUGUGACAUUCCCAGAAUAUGCUUUUAAUACCCGUCGAUCGGCCAAUCAAGCCCAGGCAGAUUCCGAUGGUCGCGGAUUCAUGAAUACGAUUGACGUUUACGACAUCGCCAACGAUAAAUGGUAUCAGCAGCCCACCAACGGACAGCCACCGGGAACCAUGGCCCGAGGCUGUACUGUGGUGGCCCCCGCACAAGACAUGUCUAGCGUCAGCAUAUACUGGUAUGGAGGAUACAACGGACUCGACCCGCUGAAGGAGUUUAGUGACGACGUCUAUCUCCUCUCGCUCCCUUCAUUCCACUGGAUGAAGGUAUACUCUGGAAAGCCCAGUCACGCUCGCGCAGGCCACAAAUGUGUGAUGCCUUACCCGGACCAGAUGAUGGUAAUCGGAGGGUUCACCCCAUUGACAGGAGCGAGGUCCUCCUGUGUGGAAGGAAGUGUGAUCCAGGUCUUCAACCUGACCUCACUGAAGUGGCUGGACUCGUACGAUCCCGCAAAGUACAACAAGUACGGCGUCCCUUUGAUGAUAAACGCCAUGAUUGGUGGCGAUGAGCACGGCGGCGCUACCUUGAAGUCACCCGACCCUACGGGAUGGAAGACUGCAGAGCUUGGUAGCGUUUUCGCGGAAACUUAUCCAACAUCGAAAAUCUCCACACACUACCCAUAUGCCUCUGCCGCCAGUGAGGGCUCACAAUCGGGUGGCAGUGGCAGUAGCGGUGGCCCUCCCAGCUUCACGUGGCCCCUUGUUGGUUCUCUCGUUGGCAUCGUUGUCAUUGCGAUCAUCGCCCUUGCCAUUAUAUGCUUCAGGCGCCGCCGCCGCCAAGCUCAGGGCGACGGCCUGGUAACUGAGGAGAGAGAUGAGAAUGGCAACAAGAUUAUUUCCUGGAUGCGUGGCCAUCCUAGCGAAGGCAAGGCGCCGACAGUGACCGCAACAGAGGAUACCUAUUUCACCCCUGACAUGGAAACUGGCACCCCUAUUACCCCUGGAAUCGUUCAGCCGGUGCCUCCUGUCACACCUGUUUUUAAGCCAGCCCCGCCGCCGGCAGAGAUGAUGGAUACGCAGGUAGCUGAGCUGAUGGACACAUCUCCCCGAAUCGAGCUGCAAGACACAGGCCUCACGCCCGUAGAGAUCAUCAACAAACACUCACACCUGCAUCAGAACCACGGGGGCUCCAUCCACAGCUCUAAUCUAUACUCUUCAAUAAACCAGACUGACCAUGCCUCAGGUAUCUCGAGAGUUUCGGGACCGAGCGAAAGUGGCUUCCGCAAUGGUGACGCUGUUCCAGGUAUCCGUCCCGAUUCGCCAUCUCUUGGCUCAGUAGGCGGAUACGGCGGUGUCGGAGCAGGUGUCGGAAUGGCUGCUGCUCAAAACUACCAGCCCGAUCGCCAACAAAGCCCAUCUCCUCGCAACGAGUCGGGUGUCUCAGGAAUCAGCGACCGUGACCGUCGACACUUGCGACACUUGUCCGAUGAGACGGUGUCUUCGGUCCAUAGCGGUACAGCCACCGGCUCUCCUGGGCGCGGCCCUUUGUCGCAAUACAUGAACGCCGAUGGGUCAAGUAAUUACACGACCGACAUAUCCUCGGCCCAAGCCAACAGUAUCAUCAGCCCGGCGAGCAGUGGGCCCACGGCGCCAGGCGGCAACCAUCCUUUGGUAGGCACACCACCUCUGGUGUCGCCACCUACCACCGACGACGAGCCCCAGGAUUAUUUGAGUGUGCGGCCGCAGCAGCAAACUCGAGUCAUCAAUGCGCAGCAUGGGAGCCCCUUGAGGAGAAGUGUUUUCCGUGAAAGUGAGGAUGAUUUAGGCGGACGUAUGUGAGCUGCCAUGGUCACUCUUUUUUAUUUAAGUGAGUCAACGUAGAAUAAGUUUUUGUGUCAUUGGCAUCGGGCGUUUUUUAUUUGCUUUUCUUUUUUAUUCCUCUUUGUCGAAUAUCAAGAGCCACUCUUGGCCAUUUCUUGGAAAUACUGCUAUAUUAUGAGCUUUGUUUAUGCAUUUCUCUCUCUUUCUCCCUCAUCAAUGUUAGAAAACAACCAACCUUAGACUAAGUCUGGUGAGGUUACUUGAUAGUCACUAAAUCACAAUGUAAUCGAGCCCUUCUGGUUUUUGUUCUGAUGGCACAAGAGAAGUC